ACUUGUAGUUCAAGAAGACAAAUUAUCAUUAAUUGAAGAACAAAAUACAUGAAAAUGGAAGCAACUGAGAUCAUAUUCCUUUUGUUUUUUGGUCAAAAGAGAAGAUAUAUGGAAUAGCAUUAGCUUCUUCAAAUGAAGAAAACACCAGCCCCCAGUUUGCAUAAAUCUAACCAAAGAAAAAAGAAUGUUGGAUUCCAAGAUAGAGGUGCAGCCAAUGGUACACAGAGUCACCAUGUUGAGAGCCAUUCUGCUCUGGCAUAUUUCAAGUCUUCCUUCAAGAAAUUUUUUACAUUGUUUCUCUCUGGGAAGCGAAAAACAGACUCAGAAGCUGCUGAAAGUGAUGACAGAAAGAAUACACACAAAGUUAGAGGGGUAUCAUCUUCCACGGAUGUAUCAUCUGAUAGUUCCAAGAGUUCAUCAAAAAGGGUGUUUUCUCAUUGCUCUGCAUCAUCUGGCACUGCAAGUAGUAAGCUUGGAAUGGGAAACUUCACCUUUGAGGAGAUUUACAAGGCAACAGCAAAGUUCUCUCUAGAGAAUAAGAUUGGGGAAGGCGCGUUUGGAACAGUGUAUAAGGGAAAGCUUAAUGAUGGAACCCUUGUGGCUGUAAAGCGUGCCAAGAAGGAUUUACUAAACAAGAACUUAGCUGAGUUCAAGAAUGAAAUAAACACCUUGUCGAAAAUUGAGCACAUUAACCUUGUAAGGUGGUAUGGAUAUUUGGAGCAUGGACAUGAAAAGAUUAUUGUUGUUGAAUAUAUUAGUAAUGGAACUCUUCGGGAACAUUUAGAUGGUAUUCGGGGAGAUGGACUAGAAAUUGGUGAGCGUCUAGACAUAGCAAUUGACAUAGCUCAUGCAAUUACUUACCUUCAUAUGUACACAGAUCAUCCAAUUAUUCAUAGAGACGUCAAAGCAUCAAAUAUCUUAAUCACCGAUAAACUAAGGGCCAAAGUUGCAGACUUCGGUUUUGCUCGGUUGGGACCAGAAGACCCUGGUGCAACCCAUAUUUCAACUCAAAUUAAAGGAACAGCUGGUUACAUGGAUCCUGAUUACAUGCGAACGCGACAUCUCUCCGAAAAGAGUGAUGUUUAUUCCUUCGGCGUGCUGCUUGUUGAAAUGAUGACAGGAAGAUAUCCAGUUGAACCACAGAGACCUCCCAAUGAGAGAGUUACAAUUAAAUGGGCAAUGCAGUUGUUGAGACAAAAAGAAGUUGUGAUUGCCAUGGAUCCAAGAUUGAGUAGAAAUCCAACCUCCAACAAGGCAGUGCAAAAGGUUCUCAAGCUAGCUUUCCAAUGCCUUGCACCGGUGAGACGAUCACGACCAUCUAUGAAGAGUUGUGCAGAGGUUCUAUGGGAGAUCCGUAAAGAUUUUAAAGAAAAAGCAUUUUCUCAUCCUCCUCACCAUUCUGCAGAUUUCCCUCAAAGAGAUGCUAGGAAGAAUAGACAUAAGACAUAUGGUAUUGAAGACAGUAAAGGCUAUAAAUUUGUAUUUGCAUAAAAAAUUUCACAUUUGAAGUUUGUUCAUUGAUUGUUCUUAUAGUCAAAACAUGUCUAAUUUAGAUCUUGUUUGUAUUAAUGUUCAUUACUUGAAGCUGUUAGUUUCUUGAGAUUUUACCCUCUUCCAUUUUGAAAUUCUCAAGUUUUUAAAAUAUUGAGACUGGAAGGUAUGGUUUGUUUGUGGCCUAAAUGGGUGACAUUAGAAAAUAAAGGAAAAAAAUCAGCAGCUUGGAUUUCAGUGUAUA